AUGGCGGACGCGGUUGAUGCUCGUCGGGUGUGCGGGAUGCCGGAGAAGGCGCAGCUCCACGUGGCGAUGCUGGCGCUGCAGUUCGGGUAUGCCGGUUUCCACGUGGUGUCGCGUUUGGCCCUCAACAUGGGCAUCAGCAAGCUCGUCUUCCCCGUGUACCGCAACAUCAUCGCGCUCAUGCUCCUCGUCCCCUUCGCCUACUUCCUCGAGAAGAAGGACCGGCCGCAGCUCACCCUCAACUUCGUCGUCCAGUUCUUCUUCCUCGCGCUCUGCGGCAUCACGGCCAACCAGGGUUUCUACCUGCUGGGCCUUGACAACACGUCGCCGACCUUCGCCUCGGCGAUCCAGAACUCCGUCCCGGCCGUCACCUUCGCCAUGGCCGCCGCCCUCCGCAUAGAGAAGGUGCGGCUGGACCGGCGCGACGGCGUGGCCAAGGUGGUGGGCACGCUGGCGUGCGUGGCGGGGGCUUCCGUGAUCACGCUGUACAAGGGCCCAACCAUCUUCGGCCCCGCCGGCGCCGGCGACGACAAGGCGCUGCAGCAGGUGCCGUUCUUGGCGGCGGUAGCUGGGGAGGGGAAGAACUGGACGCUGGGGUGCGUGUACCUCAUCGGCCACUGCCUCUCGUGGUCCGGCUGGAUUGUGCUGCAGGGGCCCGUGCUGAAGAAGUACCCGGCCAAGCUAUCAGUCACCUCCUACACCUGCUUCUUCGGCGUCAUCCAGUUCCUCAUCAUCGCCGCCUUCUUCGAGAGGGACGCCGACGCAUGGGUCUUCCACUCCGGCUCCGAGAUCUUCACCAUCCUUUACGCUGGUUUCAUCGCCUCCGGCGUGGCGUUCGCGGUGCAGAUCUGGUGCAUCGACCGCGGGGGCCCGGUGUUUGUGGCCGUGUACCAGCCCGUGCAGACGCUCGUCGUCGCCAUAAUGGCCUCCAUCACCCUCGGCGAGAAGUUCUACCUAGGCGGCAUCAUCGGCGCCGCGCUCAUCAUAACCGGCCUCUACUUCGUGCUCUGGGGCAAGAGCGAAGAGAAGGCGCGCAAUACCAAGGAGGCCAUCAUCGCCGCAGCCAAUUCCUCCGGCGGUGGCGAGCGCGAGAUCCGGAGCGCCAAGCUCGCCUCCUCCAUCACCCAGCCUCUCCUGCCGCCUUCCUCCACCACCUCCGACAACGUCUGAGACUUAGCUGCUUGUUACCUAAUAUACUAGCUACUAUCGCUUCUCGACGGACGAUCGAUUGAGAGUAAUUUUCUUGUUUAAGAUCUGGCUUGCAAGCAUGCGCGCGUAUGGUGUGGUGAGCGAGCAUGCAGACCGACGGAUUUGAUUAAAACUAGCUAGGAUUGCUUGGAUCGUGUUUGAUUAAUUAUGGUGUGUGAAUUAUUAA